AUGGCUGAAACGGAGACACUCAAACUGCAGAGGCAGGGCCAGGCCUGCGCCACAGGAGGCUGGGCAGUCUGGGAGCCACGCGCGCCUCGGAAGAGGCACAGCAUUGACGCCAGUCAAAGUUUCGCCGCCUCCUGCGUCGAGCUCGGCUUCCUUUCACCCCGAGCCGCCUCGCUGACGGCGCUCGUCGUCGCAGGGGCUGCCGCCUCAGCUACAGUCCGUGUAAACGCUUUUCUCCAUUUUUUUCCUUCUCUCCCGGCCUCUGCGUGCCUCUCUCCCCCUCUCUACCUCCGCGCGAUUCAGCCGCCUCGCGACUGCAGCCCUCUCGCUUCUUCGCCUCCGCGUCGCUGCGGCGUCGCCUCCCUGCGCUUCUCUACGCUGCCUGCAUCUGCCGCCUCUCUUCCUUCUUCCCUCGCAGCGGCAGAUCCCUCCUCGCGUUGCCUCUGCGGUUCCCUCGUCGGCCUUAUUCGUUUUCCGCGCUUCGAGACGAUGAUUGCGCCAGCGCCGACGGGGAGCGGCGCAGGGGGCGGCGGCGGCUUGGGCAGGCAAGGCGGCAGCGAGGCGAGCCGCCCGCUGAUUCCGCCAACGGCCUCGUCGUUCGCGUCUUCGUUCUCCUCCUCGUCCUUCGCGGGCGCCGGCGCCGCGGCGCAGGAGUGCCACGUGCCCGCGCCCGCUGCGGGCAACCCCUCCGUCGGGUCGCAGGCCCUGGGGGGCGCGGGCCUCUCGCAGAGCCCCGCCGCAGGGACCUCGUCGCUCUGCAACCCGGCCUCGCUUUCCGCCUCGGGAGCCUCGCCGCAGGACAAGGAACACAUCUACCAGCUGCUGCUUGACAUCUGCGUGAUGGAAAAACGCGAGGCUGCCCUCGGAGAUCUCUCGAAACGCAGAGAACAAUUCCCAGAUCUCGCGCCACUCCUCUGGCACAGCUUUGGCACCAUCGCCGCCAUCCUCCAAGAAAUCAUCUCCAUAUACCCGUGUCUCUCUCCGCCGACCUUGACGGCGGCUGCGUCUAACCGCGUCUGCAACUCUCUGGCGCUGCUGCAGUGCGUCGCUUCUCACCCGGACACGCGACAGGCCUUCCUGAAUGCGCACAUCCCUCUCUUUCUCUAUCCGUUCCUGAACACAGUCUCGAAGACGCGGCCUCUGGAGUAUCUGCGUUUGACGUCGCUCGGCGUCAUUGGCGCGCUAGUGAAGAUCGAUGACGCGGAGGUGAUUAACUUUUUGCUGCAGACAGAAAUCAUUCCGCUCUGCCUCCGCAUCAUGGAAACGGGCUCUGAGCUCUCCAAGACGGUGGCGACGUUCAUCGUCCAGAAGAUUCUUCUAGACGACGUGGGGUUGUCGUACAUCUGCGCGACUGCGGAGCGCUUCUACGCCGUGAGUACGGUGCUGUGCAACAUGGUUUCCUCGCUGGCGGAGUGCCCGCCUGCGCGCCUGCUGAAGCACGUGAUUCGCUGCUACCUGCGCCUGACGGACAACAACCGCGCCCGCGAGGCGCUCAAGCAGUGCCUGCCUGACGCGCUCAAAGACGCGACGUUCCACGCCGCGCUGCAGGACGAGCCGCUGACGAAGAAGUGGCUUUUCCAGCUUCUCCACGCGGUCGCCCCGAGCGAGAUCCACAAUGCAGCAGCAGUGCAGCCGUAG